AUGGCUUUAUUACCUAUUAAAUUGUACACUGCGCCAACGCCAAAUGGCUUCAAGAUCAGUAUUUUUUUAGAAGUGUUGGGAUUAAAGUACGAUAGUCAAAUAUUUGACAUUAGUAAAGGUGAGACUAAACAGAAUUGGUUUGUUGAGUUGAACCCAAAUGGACGUAUCCCAGUUAUUGUUGAUCCAAACGUCAAAGGUGAAGGAAAAGGUGAAGGUGAAGGUGAAGGAAAAGGUGAAGGUGAAGGUGAAGGUGAAGGAAAAGGUGAAGGCGAUAAUGGUGGCUUAGUGUUGAGUCAGACGGGUGCUAUUUUGCAGUAUCUUGCUGAUACGUACGAUAAAGAACACAAGUAUAGCUACCCUUUUGGCUCAAUUGAGUACUACAAGACAUUAGAAUACUUGAUCUUCCAAGUUAGUGAGAAUGGACCCAUCCAGGGCCAAGCUAAUCAUUUUGUCGUGUUUGCCAAGGAAAAGGUACCAUACGGAAUUAACAGAUACUUGACUGAUACAAAGAGAAUCUAUGAUGUCUACGAAGAUAUUUUAAGCAGAAACAAAAACAACGGGUCCAAAUAUUUAGUUGGUGAUAGAUAUACAAUUGCCGAUUUCGCCUUACUUGGUUGGGCAUUUCGGUUGCCCAGAUUGAACAUAGAUAUUCAUUCUUGGCCAUUAUUAGGAAAAUGGUUUGAUGAGCUAACUCAAAUCCCAGCCGUUCAAAGGGGUUUAAUAGUGCCGCCACAUUAA